GCUGAAGUGAGGUGGAGAUAAGAAGCCAUUUCUGGAUGAAAGUUGAAAAGAAUGCCGUUCCUCCAUGGUUUCCGCAGAAUCAUCUUUGAAUAUCAGCCUUUGGUAGAUGCUAUCUUGGAAUCUGUAGGGUUGCAAGAUCCCGAAGGCCAGGAGUCGCAGGAGAGUCCCAGCUAUGCGGCCGAAGACAACAGCAAGUUUCUGCUUCAGAAACUUUUGGAAAGAGAAUCCCAUUCAACUUUUUACCAGGAAGGCGUGAGCUACGCUUUGCUGAAGGUGGCUGAGCUCGGCUUGGUCCAGGCGGCGGAAAUUCUCUUGCACAACGGGGCCGACAUCACCUUCGAAGAUCCGGUCACCUAUUACACAGCCUUGCACAUUGCGGUGCUCCGAAACCAGCCCGACAUGGUUGAGCUUCUGGUGCAACGCGGCGCAGACAUCAACCGCAGAGACCGGAUUCAUGAAAGUAGUCCUUUGGACCUUGCCAGCGAAGAGCCGGAACGCUUGCCCUGCCUGCAGCGUCUCCUAGAACUCGGAGCUGAUAUCAACGCUGCGGAUAAACAUGGAAAGACAGCUUUACUGCAUGCGCUGGCCAGCAGCGACGGGGUUCAAAUCCACAACACGGAAAACAUUCGCCUUUUGUUGGAAGGAGGCGCAGAUGUCAAGGCCACCACGAAAGACGGGGACACCGUUUUCACCUUCCUCAUCUUCUUGCUCGGCGAGACGGUGGGGAGCGACGCCGAAGAGGCCGAGAUGAUCAACCGCUUCUGCUUCCAGGUGACGCAGCUGCUGAUGGCGCACGGCGCCAACCCCAGCGAGUGCCCGCCCUACGAGUCCCUCACCCACCUCUGCCUCAAGAGCUUCCGACUCCACUUCCCGCUCUUGCGCUUCCUGUUGGAGUCGGGGGCCUCCCACAGCUGCUCCCUCCACGGCCCCGCCUGUUGGUCGGGCUUCGACAUCAUCUUCGAACGCCUGUGCUCCCUCCUGAGCGAGUCGGAGGACGACGGCUUCUCCAUCGACCUGCUGCAGAAGGCCGAGACCACCCUGGAGCUGAUGACGGCCAGCUGCCCAGUGGUGAAGCUGCCCAGCAACUUCCAGAUCGACCUGAGCAACUGCCGUUACCACCAAGACAAGAUCAGAGCUCUUUUCGGGAAAUUGAAGCAGCUGGAGAACACCCCGCCCACUUUGAAACACCUCUGCCGAGCCCGUUUGCGGCAGUAUCUCCAGCCUUGGCCGGUGGACGUGAAGGUGCAGGCCCUUCCUCUGCCCAAUCGGUUAAAAAGAUACCUCCUUAUAGAUCCGAGCGCGACUGUGGAGCACGUGUGACCUCGCAGGACCAGAAGCGGAUCAGAGAUGCUUGCCAGAUGCCCCUCCGUUCCCCGAUCCAGCUGUGAUGUCCUGACAAGCACGUGAACGGGGAGACCUCCGUUUCAGCAGCCAACCUGAUAUUCGACAGCCGGCUUGGCCGGUCUGGCUUCACACUGCGUGCGGUUUACCAAAUUGCUUGGAGCACGCUCAGCUGGCGGGGACGCGGGAAGGCAUUUGGCGGCUUGGGAUUUGCCACGGAAUCACACCUUGACGGGAGCCAGGCAGGAGGAAAAGUACUUUGUGGAGUUGUAGGUCAACUAGGGAAAAAUUUGCCCUUUGGCGCAAAAGUGUGUUGAGUUUCUGUGGGUUAUAUUGGGGCCAUGCUGAACAUCCGGGGUUGGGGGCCAGGGAGGAGAUGGGGCAUGCCAGCAGCCAAUUAAAAGGAUGCACCUACACUGCUU